AUGAAGGAGAUAGUGCCCAAAUACAACUUCAGUGUUAUGAUCGAUAACUACUACUGUGGUUCUGCUGAUGGCUUGGCCUGUCCUCAGUCCAUCACUGUCUUCUACAAAAGCUACACAAUCUUUAUAAUGCAGAAGGAGGUCAAUGGCAUUUACACAAAUCAGACCACUGUGAAUGGCAAGCAUGUGAGUCCUGCAUACCAAAAUGGUGACUUCCGUAUAACCUCCACCGGUAUAGAGACUGUGCUUGUCAUCCCUGAAAUCCAUGCCAAGAUCACCUUCUCAGGGCUCAUAUUCAGUAUCUACCUGCCCUAUAGUAAAUUUGCCGGCAACACCGAGGGACAGUGUGGCACAUGUAACAACAACCGGACAGAUGACUGCAUGUUGCCAAGUGGCAAAAUUGAUCCUUCAUGUCCUAAUAUGGCACUUGGGUGGCAUGCUAACGACAGUUACUGUGAACAUAUUAACCCCACACCUACGCCUACGACUACACCUAUGCCUACGACUACACCUACGCCUAUGCCUAUGUCUACGCCUACACAUAACACUUGCGAUACAUCCAUCUGUGAGAUCAUCAAGGGCAGUGUGUUUGAAGCUUGCCACAAGGUUAUUGACUACACUCCAUUUGUUGUGGCCUGUGAGUUUGACAUUUGCCACAUGCACAUAAAUCACAUUGGCUGCACCAGCUUACAAACCUAUGCUGAUGCCUGUGCUGAGUCUGGACUGUGUAUUGACUGGAGAAGUGCCACCGACGGACUCUGUGAAUAUACAUGUCCAAGUCCCAAAGUCUAUCGGGGGUGUGGCCCUCAGGUGGAGCCUACCUGUGAUUCCUGGUACAACCAGAAAUUCAUCUAUACGGUCAAUGAGUUCAGUGCCAUGACAAAUGUGAAGCUGGAGGGUUGCUUCUGCCCAGAUGACCACUUCCUCCUCUCUUCCAGUUCUAAUGAAUGUGUGCCCACCUGUGGUAAGAGCAGAUGGCACUACUAUAUGGCAACAGCUAUGGACAACAAUGUUCUGCACUUUUUAAUAGCCUUUUGUGACUAUGUAAAAAUCCUAUUUGUUAUUUUAUCAUCAAACUUAUUUUUACCUUAAUGUUUUACCAUAACUUUGCCAUAAUGUAGCUGAUUGUAGAAUGAUUCAAGAAACAUUCCAAAAUGUCACAAUUUAAUCCACUGUUUUGCAGAA